AUGCCGGGGGCCCGCUACUACGGCGGCAACGACGUCAUCGACGAGAUCGAGAACCUCUGCCGCGACCGCGCCCUCGCCGCCUUCCGCCUCGACGCCGCCUCCUGGGGCGUCAACGUGCAGCCCUACUCCGGCUCGCCCGCAAACUUCGCCGCAUACACCGCGCUCCUCAACCCGCACGACCGGAUCAUGGGGCUCGACCUCCCCUCAGGCGGACACCUCACCCACGGCUACUACACCGCCGGGGGGAAAAAGAUCUCCGCCACCUCCAUCUACUUCGAGAGUCUGCCCUACAAGGUCAGCGCCGCCAACGGCUACAUCGACUACGACAAGCUCGAGGAGAAGGCAAUGGACUUCCGCCCCAAGCUCAUCAUCUGCGGAGGCAGCGCCUACCCCAGGGACUGGGACUACGCCAGGCUCAGGGCCGUCGCCGACAAGGUCGGGGCCAUGCUCCUCUGCGACAUGGCGCACAUCAGCGGACUGGUCGCCGCGCAGGUGUUUCAGUUAUACCGCAAUAGGUUGAAGAUUAAUGAGUGUAUGAAUGUUGAUGAAGCUGCAAAUCCUUUUGAGUUCUGUGAUGUGGUUACCACUACAACACACAAGUCUCUCCGGGGACCGAGGGCUGGUAUGAUCUUCUACAGGAAAGGCCCUAAGCCUGCGAAGAAGGGCCAGCCUGAGGGUGCUGUGUAUGACUAUGAGGACAAGAUCAACUUUGCGGUGUUCCCAUCGCUCCAGGGCGGUCCGCACAACCACCAGAUUGCUGCCCUUGCAGUUGCCCUGAAGCAAACUUUGACUCCUGGAUUCAAGGCCUACGCAAAGCAGGUCAAGGCCAACGCUGUUGCCGUUGGAAAAUAUCUCAUGAGCAAGGGUUACAAGAUGGUGACUGAUGGAACUGACAACCAUCUUGUUCUAUGGGAUCUCCGCCCUCUUGGCUUGACUGGAAACAAGGUUGAAAAGAUGUGUGACCUUUGUAGCAUUACAUUGAACAAGAAUGCCGUCUUCGGUGACAGCAGUGCAUUGUCCCCGGGUGGUGUCCGCAUUGGUGCUCCGGCGAUGACUUCCAGGGGUCUGGUCGAGAAGGACUUUGAGCAGAUCGCUGAGUUCCUCCACCAGGCUGUGACCAUCUGCCUGAACAUCCAGAAGGAGCACGGCAAGCUGCUCAAGGACUUCUCCAAGGGCCUGGUGAACAACAAGGACAUCGAGAACCUCAAGGUCGAGGUCGAGAAGUUUGCCCUCUCCUUUGACAUGCCUGGCUUCUCGCUCGAGAGCAUGAAGUACAAGGAGUAG